AUGUCCCGCAAGGGCGUCGGCCUCGCCGCCUUCGACCGCUCCCGCCUCACAUCCGCCCACUACGCCUCUCACGGCUCAUCCCUCCGCGCCAGCAAUGCCCAAGCCCUCGAGACCCAGCUCGCCGUCUUCCGCUCCCUCCUGCAGCAGUUCGCCAACACGCACGCCCGCGACAUCCGCUCCGACCCUGCCUUUCGCGCCCAGUUCGCCCGCAUGUGCGCCGCCAUCGGCGUCGAUCCCCUCGCGAGCAGCAACAGCAGUGCAGAGGGAGGCGGCGGGGGUUCGUCUUCUAUCUGGGCGCAGUUGCUCGGCAAGACGGUUAAUGAUUUCUACUUUGAGCUUGCUGUGAGGAUUGUAGAGGUCUGUGGCGCUACGCGUGGUGAGAAUGGUGGCCUCAUCGGUCUUGCGGAGUUGAGGGAGCGUGUUGCUGCUGGUCGCAUGGAUGGUGCAGACCCCAUAGCCGAUGACGACGUCCGCCGCGCCGUGCAGACCCUCGCGCCUCUCGGUGGUUCCUACGCCGUUGUAAAAGUUGGUCGCAAGGAAUAUAUUCGGAGCGUACCCCGCGAGCUCAACGACGAUCAGGUUGCCGUCGUCGAGGCAGUGCAGGUUCUAGGCUACGUGAGCGUGGGCAUGCUGAGUGAUAACCUGGGCUGGGACCGCGCACGAGCAAAGACCGUCAUCGAUGAUCUUGUCGCUGGAGGGAUGCUGUGGGUGGACAAGCAGACAAAGGGCGAGUGGGAGUACUGGAGCCCAGGCUUCAUGGCCGACGCGGGGGGUGCUGAGGAGGGAGGAUGA